AUGGCUUCGCAGUCCAGCCCGAUGCAUUCGUCGCCCGGCGAGAACAAUGAAGAUGAUUCAACCGCUUUAUCGGAAUCGCAAUUUCAUGCGCAAGAAGAUGCGAGCGCAGCGGAGAACCAGGAAGACACUCCAGUGUCGGGCUCUCAGCAGGUAAAACAGCCUCCUCCCAUGCAAAAGAGGAGAAGAGUGACUCGCGCAUGCGAUGAAUGUCGUCGCAAGAAGAUUAAAUGUGACGGGAAGCAACCGUGUACCCACUGUACAGUAUAUAGCUAUGGUAAGAGCUUCUUAUCAUGGAGCGAGCAUCCAUCUCUCUCGCUGACAAUUUUGCUGGUAGAGUGUACAUAUGACCAGCCUUCCAACCGGCGGCGCAAUCCGGCCCCCCAAUAUAUCGAAGCAUUGGAGAAUCGUCUUCACAAGGCCGAGGCGCUUCUUAGAAUUCUGGCUCCGGACAUUAACCUCGACGACCCUCGUUUGGACCCGAAUAACCCCGAGCAGCUCGCUGCGAUGCUCAAGAGAGACAAGACUCAGGACCCGUUAGUCUCCAAACCUGGGACAGGGAGUUCGCAGCCUGAUUCGAGUGCGGAUGGUGGUGAUGAAUCCUUGUUGGAAACCAUGGUGGAGAAUUCUGGAUCCCUGGACCUCGAUGACCAAGGGCACUGGGAUUAUCACGGACACUCGUCAGGCGUCAUAUUUAUGCAGCGGCUGCGAAAGCAGUUUGGCAAUAUGGUCAUCCCCCCUCGUCCUGCGUCACGGUCGCGGCAGAUAUCGCAAGUCCUGGAGAGUCCCAAGUCCCAGUCGGAAUCUCCGCAGGACUCCAACUCGAACUCGAACUCCUCCCUGCCCCCGACUCACGAUCUGCCUUCAAAAGAGGUUGCCAGAAAACUCUGCCGCAAUACCUUUGACCAUGCCUGCGUGUUGAUGCGCUUUGUUCACGAGCCCUCGUUCUUUGCUAUGUUUGACCGCAUAUACGAUACCCCCUGGGAGCAAUUUACCAAUGAAGAACACACUUUCCUACCUCUUCUCUAUGUUGUCAUUGCUGUUGGAUGUCUCUUUUCAGACGACGUCGAGAGCACUCUCGAUGUCGCAGGUUAUGAAGGCGCCAUAGGACAAGGGUUUCACUACUUCAGGGCGGGGCGACAUUUGCUCGAUAUCACCGACUGUCGUGACUUGACUUCUUUGCAAGCCAUUUGCUUCAUGGUUCUGUUCCUUCAGUCAUCUGCAAAACUGAGCACCUGCUAUUCGUACGUUGGCAUCGCGCAGCGCGCGGCAUUACGACUAGGCCUCCAUCGCUCUGUUACCGCAAAUUUCAACCCUGUUGAACAAGAACUGCGAAAGCGGAUCUUUUGGGUUAUUCGGAAAAUGGAUGUCUACGUCAGCACGCUCUUGGGGCUGCCCCAGAUGGUGAGCGAUGAAGACAUCGACCAAGAAUAUCCAUUGGAAAUCGACGAUGAGUUCAUCACCCCGGAAGGGAUCUUACCCAUGCCACCUGGUCGAAUCUCCUUGAUGGCGGGUGCGAAUGCACACGCUCGCCUGGUUGACAUCAUUGUCAAAGUGGUCAAAUACAUUUAUCCGGUUAAAAAUGCAAAACACAGGUCCAAGGGCGAGCACACCUACAUGGUGAGCCAUUCGAAAAUCCGGGAGAUCGAACGGGAUCUUCAAGCCUGGAUGGAAGCGUUGCCUCCCGCCCUGCGACAUGGUGACGAGGUGUCCACCGAGUGGGAACGCAUGCGACAACUGCUCCGUAUCAGCUACGCGCAUGUCCAGAUGUCCAUGUAUCGGCCCUUUUUGCAUUAUGUGUCGAACGGCUUUCAGUCGCAGGGGAUCGAUAAGCGGUCCUAUGCAUGUGCAGCAGCUUGCGUGAGCGUCGCCCGUAAUACCGUCCAUAUCACUGCUGGGAUGUACAAGAAAGGUCUCUUGAACGGUUCCUACUGGUUCACCAUGUAUACAACGUACUUUGCCAUUUUGUCUCUCGUGUUCUUUGUUCUCGAGAACCCGGAUUCGCCGUCAGCCAAGGAUAGUGUGCUCAAGGACGCCUUGGAGGGCAAGAAUACAUUGGCAGGAUUGGCCAAGAAGAGCAUGGCUGCCGAUCGAUGCGCUCAGAGUCUCAACUCUCUUUUCAAGCAUCUCCCCGAAAAAUUAAGAAGCCGCCAGAGCUCUUCUGCUCAUCCCGUGAAUCUGAAGAGACCGAAUCCUUCGAAUAAUGUCACCAGGCCGAAGGGGCAACGGACGCCUUCGAGCGGCUCGCAAUUUAGCAUGCCACAACGUGCCCACACUUUCCCAGCGCAGUUGAUGCAGUCGAGGGCGCCGGCAGAAUCGGCCAAAACACCAGCGGCUGUUGAUGACAACUGGGCAUUCGAUCCUCGAUCCUUUGCCAAGGAAACCUCGACCGGAGUCUCGGGAGAACCUCAAUCAUCUCCAUCCCCAGCAUUUACGAGCGAUCAAAUCAAUCAAACUUCAGGUUCUCCGUUGACAGCAUCGCCUGGGCAACAGCCGUCUUCGACCCAGCCACUUGAUGCCGCACAAAAUAUGCCGGAUCUGAUGCCUAUCAUGUUUCCAUCGGGCGAUCCUUUCGCGUACCCAACCCAGCCUAUGUCCACCUUGGAAGAUGGCCAUUUCAAAAAUGACCGUUCGGGCCCGUCCGCGCAGUUUCCCAUGGACGCAACCACGCAAAGCGGCACGGCAUCAUCGACAGCGGGUAAUGCCACCCUUCGGUCCUCCACGCCCGCUGUCGAUACUUUCCCAAGUCUCCAAGGUUUCCCCAGCGAAAUCAGAGUUUCGACGACGCUGCCGCCUCAAUUUCAACAUCUGAAUCUGCAAUCUCAAGUGCAGUCGCCGGCAUCGCAUUCUUCGACUCCGGCCAGCAAUGAAAUGAUCCAAAGCCCCGACCUCGUCUCCCUUCCCAAUCAGAAUUUCAUGUGGCAGGGCCUGAGCUUUGGGGGUCAGAACAUGAUGAAUAACCAGCCGCAAUCCCAACAGCAAGCGUCGGGCCCGAAUGACGUGCGAUUCGACGGUGUCAGUACGAAUGGUAUCAGCCCCAUGGGAAUGGCCUUGGACAUGAAUGUGAAUUUCGACGACGUUUUCGGCAAUGUUGGCAUGAGCUCUGGCAAUGGAUACCCUGGGAAUGAUGACUGGAGUCAGUGGAUGAAUGUUGGAGUUUGA